AUGGAGGCGUUUCCGGAAGAGUUUCAGCGUCUUGCCUUAAAAGGGGAAGUUCAAUCUAGCAGUCCUCUUCGCAAACUCCUGCCCUUUGUCGACACUCAAGGCCUGAUUCGCGUCGGCGGCAGACUUCAGAACUCCUUUCUCUCGGAAUCCGAGAAGCAUCCCAUCAUCCUCCCUAAGAAUCAUCACGUCACUAUUCUCCUCAUUCGAAAGGCUCACAUUUCCACUCUUUAUGGGGGUUACAGAUUAGUACAUAGUUAUUUGUUGCAGAAAUUUUGGAUCCUGCGUGCUAACACCACAAUCCGACGCGUCGUGCGGAGCUGUGUCACAUGCACCCGUCACAAUGCUAUCACUCUCGAGCAGCAAAUGGCGCCGCUGCCAGCCAUUCGAACGAAACCCGCCGUACCGUUUGCGCACUCUGGAGUUGACUUUGCCGGCUACUUUUGGCUGAAGGCCUCACCUGGCCGAGGGAUGAAGACUUCCAAGGGAUACGUCGCGAUAUUCGUGUGCCUCGUCGUGAAGGCUGUCCACCUAGAAGUGGUCUCCGACCUAACGACGGACGCUUUUCUAGCUGCUUAUCGGCGCUUUGUCGCUCGGCGCGGUCUCUGCCAAGUCUUAUACAGCGACAACGGCACGACCUUCAAGGGCAGCGAAGCCGAGCUGCACAGGCUCCUUUCUGAGACAUCCGCCACCGGACAAGCUAUGGCAGCUGCGGUAGUUUCCGACGGAGUGGAGUGGCGUUACAUCCCUCCCCGCGCUCCAAACUUUGGGGGCAUUUGGGAGUCCAACGUUAAAUCUAUGAAGCGCCAUCUUUACAGAGUCAUCGGCGACUCUAAGCUCACGUACGAGCAAUUUUCGACGGUGCUGGCUAGCAUAGAAGCCUGCCUCAACUCUCGACCAAUCAGCGCACUCAGCUCUGAUGCAACCGACGUCUCAGCACUGACACCCGGGCACUUUCUGAUCGGGAGGCCUCUCGUCGCCUUUCCAGAGCCUUACACAGAGGUCAAUCAACCUGGGCAACUAUGUCUUGGCUGGCACCCUCUUCAGCUAAUGCGAAACCACUUCUGGCGGCGAUGGCGCUCGGAAUACCUGUCUCAACUACAACAACGCACAAAAUGGCUCAAGUCAAAUCGAAAACUCCAGGUAGGAGACCUAGUCCUCUUCAAGGACAAGCUAUCUCCUCCAACGAAAUGGCCGUUGGCCAGAGUUCUACGUAUUCAUCCUGGAAGGGAUGACUUGACAAGAGUUGCCACAAUACGUUCGACAACAGGCUCUGAGAGUGUGCGACCUGUCAACAAACUUAUUUUGCUGCCGGUGCACGAGGAAACAAUUGUUAAGUUCGCUCAAUUUGAGACGUUCAUAGCGGGCGGAGCUCGCUAA